AGUGCAAUAAUGGGAAACGUAUACAUGAAAACCUGACCUCUUAGACCUUUAACAUGAUUUACUCUUGCGUGUUCUGGGGGAUCAAUAAGGCGGAGUGACAAGAAACCAGAGUAGAUCAACCUCAUUGAAGUCAGUCACCACCCAUGGUCCACUUAACACUUCACUGAGACACAUUAACCGCCCCUGAGCACUGAUUUGUUGGCCGUAGAAUCCAGUUGUUCCUGUCCAGCUAGUUGCAUCAGUACGGCAUGGGUGCAGGUGAAAGGAAGAGAAGGAGGGACUAAUCAGGGCAGAGACAUAGGAGAGGAGGAGAAACCUGAGAGAAAGCAAAGAUGACUGCGUGAAUCAAAAUGGAUUCAACCAAGCUCAGCCCGUCUUUAAAGGUGCCACACAUGAACAAUGGAGCUGGGAAUGAGUCAGUGAUGGAGGAACCGGCGCAGAGGCGAGACGGUGUAAACGGAGACGUCCAGGGGGACGUGGACACCAGAGAGCCAGAUUCCUUUGACGGGAGGACAACAGCUGCAGAAACAAACACUCACCACAAGGUGUCAGGAGACAAACAAAAGUUCAGCACAAUCGGCAGAUAUCAGAGGAGGACCAAGCAGAAGGUUGUGACUGACUUUGCAACGCUGAGUAAAGGAGCUUCCUCAGGAAUCAAACCCAGAGCAGCACUGAAGCAGGUCCUGUUCAGCCAGGGAGCGUCAGACAAGACGUCUGAGGAGCGAACUCAGCUGGAUGAGUUGAAGCAGGAUUUGGAGGCCUUCGCCGUGCCAGUUAAUUUGAAAUGGAUGUGGAAGGAGGAAAGUCAAGGAACCUUGCUGGAGAAAAGCUGGACAGAUUUAGUGAAGUCUAAUUCAAUGAUGCCAAAAAAGCAGAGACACCAACAAGAGGCGCUGUGGGAAUUUGUCCACACUGAGCUCAGCUACAUCAACAAGUUAAAGAUCAUCAAAGAUUUGGUUAUUGUAGCUCUUGUCAACCUGCACCAGCAUGGAUUUCUCCAGGAGGUGACCCCCGAGCUGCUUUUCUCCAACCUUACCUCCAUCCUACAAGCUCACCAGCUCUUUUGGCAGGAGGUACUUUAUCCCAUGUUACAGGAAGUCAGACUGACUGGCAAACCCUUUGAUCCGUUGAUGCUGGAGGCCGGUUGCCUGCAGUUUCACAAGCGUUUCUCCGUCUACCAUCGUUACUGCUGGGAGGAGGAAAACAAUCUUGAGUUCACACGCAUGCAGAUGGAGAGCAACCCGCAUUUCUUCACUUUUGUGCAGUGGCUGGAGAGUCAUCCUCAGUGUGAGCGGAUGCGGCUGGGAGACAUGCAGGCCAAACCCCACCAGAGGAUUACUAAGUAUCCGCUGCUGCUCAAGGCAGUGCUCACGUACACCCAGGAACCUCCUGUGCAGCAGACACUCAGAGGCAUGUUAUCGAGCGUGAACAGUUUCCUGGGAAGCAUCAAUGACUACAUGCAGCUGAAGGAUGAGGAGCUCGCUCUGUUCAUAUCUGCUCAGAGGGUGGAGGGAUAUGAGGUGGAGGGAAUAAAUGAAGAAAUCGACAAGCGUGUCCGAGAGAUCUGUCAGUUUAAUCUAACGCUCCCCAUCAGAGGAGUUGGGCCUGGAGUUGUUCGGAAGCUGCUGCUGGAGGAGAACUUGAAAGUUCGAGGUAGAAAGGACAGCAAAUUAGAGGUGGUGGCUUUGCUCUUCUCAGAUGUGCUGCUGUUGACUAAAGCCCAGAAGAAAGGGGAGCGACUGAAGUUGUUCCAACCUCCUCUGGCCCUCGACAGAAUGGACUGCACUGAACUGAAAGAUGGCUAUUCAUUUCUUCUGGUAGAAGUAGGGGAGCUUCAGAGCGCUAUGAAUGUCUACAUACUUGUAGCCGGUACGCCUGAGAGCCGCUCCACAUGGAUCUCCACCAUCCACCAGGCAAAGGAAACACUGAGGAAACUGAGGGAGCAAGAAAACAACAGACUCGAGAAUCUGAGAAUUUGCCAGCUGGAAGGCAAACCUGACACCGAAAACGGGGCAGAUGAUAUGGAUGAACCACGUGUGACACGUCCAAGAAUGAGCUUUCUUGAGGAACUUUCAGGUGUACUUGUAAACUCUCGUCCAGUGAAUGGAUCUAAAGAUGCAGAACAGUAUCAACCUUCAGAGGUGUCCACUAAGAACACAGGAUUGGCUUCAAGGAGUUCACAGCAGAACGACAAUAACCAUUGGGAAGAUGAGGAAAAAGUUGCUGAGACUCAGAUGACAAACGUGCAAAUUGGGUUGUGGAACCGUAGACUGCAUUUUCUCCCAAAUCCAGAUCAUUUCACUGGCAGCAAAGCUCCAGAUCCAUCAAGAUUCAACACAACUAGACCACACAAUCUUCUGCUAGAUGGACUACCAGAUGUUGACUACCCAACAAAUGAAGUGAGCACUUUACAAGUUCAGCACCAGCCAGCAAUGUCCUGGGACGGAUUCUUAAGACCACAGGUACAGAGAGGAAGGAGAGAUUCAGAUUCUCAGUCUGUGAGCCAGGAGAGUAGGAGAACCUCCAUGUCCAGUCAGUCUGGAGAUACAGAAACAAAUCUAGACCCUUUGAGGUUCUCAAAAACAUUAAAGUCACCUGGGUUACGGAAGAGAAGGCCAGUCAGCAUGAACCCUUCCAGUCAGACGUCUAACCACUACCAAGAGCAGACUCCGGCUGCUUCAAACAGUUCUUCAAAUUCAGACUCGGACAGUAACUCAAGUACCAUGAGAAAUUCUCUUCCUCCUGGCUUUGGCUCAGAUUCACACCGGGUGCUCAAACUGGGCGCCUUGAAACCGAACCAAGGCAUGUUUUAUAAUGCACAUCAGAGAGCGUCCUCAGAUCUACAAACCCUCUCUGAAUCCGAACUGACAGGUCUAAACUUCUCACACAAAAAAAACAAACACAAAACUCAGAGACCCCCCAUUCCCAACAUCACCGUUGAGGGAGAGCAUGGGCUUCGUGGGAGCUCCAGGGGCCGGCACCCGUCACCCCGAGCUGAGGACACAACCACCUCAGGAUACGACCCACAUGAACACCCCUCACCUUUGGAGGGCCUUUUGGAAAGAGCCAAGGAGAGAGUGAGGGACAAGAGUGGAAUAAGAAAAGACAGACAUUUAAAAAUGUCCCUCACCCCCACACCCUCACCCCCACCCCUGGCGGAGGACAGAUACACAGAGUGGGCGGACGUUGCGCUGAUGCGACCCAGGGCUCUCACUGUGAGUAAAGGAUGGAAGGAGCAGCUGGUGGACGGGGAUGAAAAUGAGAACAGGAGCAGUAUCGUCUUUGUGGACGGUGUAAACGUGGACUGGUCAGGCUGGUGCUUUGAUGACGAGGAAGUCAUGGAUCACAUAAAACCUCGGGAUGAGGGACUUCUGGAGGGAAUCAGCAGAUCGUUGGCUGUUUGGCAUCUCAACGAGCAUUCAGAGCAAGAAGACGGGGAGUGUAGUCAGGUGUAGGUCUGCAGUCACUGAGCUGAAUCUGAACUACACCACCAGGUUGGACUAUGUUUAGCUCAAAUGAUGUUCUGCAGAAUUGAAUUUCAGAUCGACGAACUGGCGAGAAAAAUAGACUUUGGAAAAAGCCUAAACAUGUAACAGUGGACUAAUCGCUUUUUUAACAAUUUUUUUUUUUCAUUAUACAGAACAAUAGCCUUCAUUGUCUGAAUUUAUGGGCAACAAUUACUUUGUAAUUAAUGUUAAAUAAAGUAAUAUAUAGAAUAUACACAUAUAUGUAUUAUAUUUGCCAUUUUAUAGAAAUGUUUUUCUAAUUAGGAUGCAUGUUAUUUAUAUCAGUCGUGUCCCCUUAAUAAGCAGGUGGAUUAUGAGUGUACAUAAGAAAUACAACCCAAAUUAUUUCUGUUAAGUGCACUUUAUUUAUAAAACAUUUUGUUCUAAACAUUGCAAACAAAUCCUCUCAGCAAAAAAUAAGAAUAUUUACAAUAACAGUUAAAAUAUCAUUAAUUUCAUUUAAGUUAUCUCAAAACAGUUACAGCUACAGUGUCUGCUCUGAAAUUAUUUACAAAUCUGUGCAAAUAAAAGCUUC